GUGGACCACCUGCCUUUUCUCUUUUCCGUGUGAGUUAGAGAAGAGCUGUAAACGAUGGCUAUGGCAAUAAGGUGCUUCCGUCAUCUGCCUUCCCUGCUUUAUCGUUCUUCGCUGGCAAUGAUACGGGGGCUGCCGCAGGCUCCUGCAGGCUGCCCAGCCCUGCCCCUGGAUGGCUGCAGGCAGUGUGCCCAUCAGGUGCUGCUGACCAGACAGCUAGCUACCAAAAAAGCUAAAGGUAAAGGGCAGACUCAAGCCAGAGUGAAUAUCAGUGCUGCCCUAGUUGAGGAUAUUAUCAACUUGGAGGAAACCAAUGAAGACAUGCAGGCGGUGGUGGAAGCUCUGAAAGAAGAUUUCAGCAGAAAUCUCAGUGUUAGAACCUCACCAGGGGUCCUUGAUCACAUAAUCGUGGUGACAAAAGACGGGAAGUUUCCGCUGAACCAGCUGGGGCAGAUCUCACAGAAGUCACCACAGCUUCUUAUAGUGAACAUGACCAAUUUUCCAGAGAGCACAGCUGCAGCUACGAAGGCUAUAAGGGAGAGCGGCAUGAACCUGAACCCAGAAGUGGAUGGGACAAUAAUUCGGGUGCCAAUUCCGAAGGUAACAAGAGAGCACAGGGAGAGCCUGGCCAAGCUUGCCAAGCAGUCCACCAACAAGUCCAAAGAGGCCCUGAGAAAGGUGCGAAGCAAAAGCAUUAACCAGGUAAAGAAGUUCAAGAACAAAGUGUCUGAAGAUACCAUCUGUCUGGCAGCUAGAAAAAUCCAGCAAAUGGCAGACAGCACUGCAGCGGAGAUGGACAAGCUGCUGGCAGCGAAGACCAAGGAGCUGCUUGGAUAAGCACCAUCCCUAUGGACACACUCCCCCCUCGAGCAAGAACGGACUGCCAUACACCCCUGUGGCCAUCCCUGCCCGGCGUCAGCAGCCUCGGGCGAUGGGCAGGGGCAGCUCUGCCAGACCUCCAGAGCAGCUCAGUGCUAUGUCUGCUCCGACUCCCCACCUUGGAUUGUACUGGAGGGAGGGGGAGCUCUCCUCGCUCUUCUUCAUCCAGGUGGCAACAGAAUUGGGUGAACUAAGAUUAAAAAUAAAAUAGCAGGAAGGAGGACCGGAGGCUGCUGGAAGGGCUCCCACACAGGCGCUGAGGCACAGGAGGAAAGGCUGCCCCGCUCGCCUUGCGCCCCAGCCUGUUUGCAUCCCAGCAUCUCACAGCCUGGCAGAAGCAAGGACCAUGCGCAAAAGAAACCUGCGCUGCCCUGCUGUGAACCUCGGCAUUUAUGUUCGCUUAAAAUAAAGUCAAAAUAAGACGUGGAGGAGCAGCCUUGGGACAGCCAGUUCCUGGCUGGUGUGUCCCCUUGAGUUCACACAUCUCAAAAGAAGUGUUUGCCCGUUGCCGUGGCCAGCAGAGUUACCUGCAGCCUGGCCACCGGGAAGGCACGAGGGAGCUCAACACCAACUGGUGCAGGGUGGGCAGGGGAGGCGGGCUUUGCGAUUCCCUAGGCUUUGUGGCUAGAGAACCGAAACCAGUGCUGUCAGUCUGGCUGUUUUAGCCAGGACCGAGAAGACCAAGAGCCAACACAGGAACUUUCCAAAACCAGCAUCUGCCCUCCCCGACCAGUUACGGCAUGCCCACGCAAGCCACCAGUACCACAUUUUAGGGGGUGGAGGAGGUAGAAGCAGAACGGGGUCCUGAGCACAUCGUGCAGCUCACCUCACUACCAGCAGGUACUUCCCGACAGCAGCAAAUGGCCUCCCCGCAGCCUUGGGCGAUGGCAAGAGGAGGGAAGGUGGUGGCCAGCCCCACAGUCCCACUGCCAAAGCUUUUGGGUUCAAAGAGCACUGAGUGCUCUGCAGUCCUUAAAUAAACAACUCCCAAAAAGUUAGUUUGUGUGCAGUGGGGAGGGGGAGGAGGAUGAAGGAUUUGCUCUGCUAGGGCCCCACAUGUCAACAAUUUCUCUGCUUUGUGUAUUUUGGCCAAAGCGCUUACCAUGAUAAAUGAAUAAAGGAAAAUGGCGAGCCCAGGGCGGUUACA